CCCAUGUGUAUUUUCUUAUCAUUGCAUGAACGAGUCCGUCGAGACCGAUGGUUGAUUAGCGACACCAUCGCAUCGUCAGUUCCAGCUUAUCUGCCGUGAUAUUUGAUCAUUCAUUUUAUUUAUUUAUUAUUCAUUAUACAGUUCAUCAUAUUCUGGUGAAAUAUCAUUUAAUUGUUUUGUUAUGGACACCGUUUUGGACAAUUUCACCUCGGACAAACUUUUUCCUAAUUCCAACCUGUUGGACCUCGAAGAUUUGAAUGAAACAGAUUUUCUUAGCAAUGUGCACUUCUCAGAGCAAAUGGAGGACUUCUCAAAUGAUCUCUUCAGUAGUUUCUUUGACGAGCACCUGCUGGCAGAGAGGAAUCCCCUGCUGGACAUGGAGCUGGACCCCCCCACCCCCGCCAUCCAGGCCGAGCACAGCUACUCUCUGAGCGGAGACUCCGCCCCCCAGAGCCCCUCCAUGCCAAUCAAAAUGGACGAGGAAGCAGAAUCAGAAGGAAUGUGGUCCUUCAGCCAGGAUCUGACAGCCAUUUUGGUGAAACAGGAGCCCAGUCUUUUGUCAGAGGCUGCUCCAGCAGUCUCUCCUGCAGCUAGCACUGCCCCCCAGCCUCUCAACCUGGCUCCCCCACCCCAGAGACAUGCCCCGGAGGAGAAGGAAUCAAAAGACGUGAAAUGCAAUCAAGUGCCUACAAUCAAAGCUGAACCCAGGGAGGUCAAUCAGUUUCUCAGUGUCCCAACAGAGGAGCAGGUGCAGCUGCCGCCCACCCCUCCCAGCAGCCACAGCAGCGACAGCGACGGCUCCCAGAGCCCCCACUCCCUGCCCCCCUCCAGCCCCGCUCGCCUGCAGGCCCGCACCUCUGCAGCCAUCUCCACCUCGCCCCUGCUCACCGCACCCCAUAAACUGCAGGGCACUUCUGGUCCACUCAUGUUGACAGAGGAGGAGAAGCGGACCCUGAUUGCAGAGGGCUAUCCUGUGCCCAACAAGCUACCGCUCACUAAGACUGAAGAGAAGGCACUUAAAAGGGUUCGCCGCAAGAUAAAAAACAAGAUCUCAGCUCAGGAAAGUCGCAGGAAGAAGAAGGAGUAUGUGGAGUGCCUGGAGAAAAAAGUGGAAACAUAUACUUCAGAGAAUAAUGAGCUGUGGAAGAAAGUGGAAACCCUAGAGACUGCAAAUAGAUCUCUACUUCAACAGUUACAGAAACUCCAGGCUCUUGUAUCAGGAAAAGUGCCUCGGUCUUGCAGGAUGGCCUCUACACAAACAGGAACUUGUCUGAUGGUGGUGGCGUUGUGCUUUGUCCUUGUGCUGGGUUCACUUGUACCAUGUCUGCCUGAGCUCUCUACUACGUCGCACAUGGUGAAGGCCUCACCUCUCCCCUCGGCUGACGUCUACACCACCAGCCAGGUCCGUUCCCGCAGCCUCCUGCUCUACGACGAGAGCUCAGCGCUGGAGGACGGCCAUGGCGGCUUCCUGAGGGUGGGGGCCGGGGACGGGUGGGAGGGGGCGCCCCUGGACUACACAGUGGACCAGCCAGAGCAGGUGGCCGAGGCCACACAUGAAGCCAAGAAGUAUCUGAGCAAAGCCCACACAGAGCCAGUGGCCUACGACAACAGGACCAGCGCCCCUUUCCUCCACAAAGAGGAGCAGUACCAUCAGAGAGAGCCGAACCCUGAAGGUGGAGCAGAAUACUUCUGACAGCUUCAGCAGAGCUGCAGUGGAAACCCCCCCCCCUACUGGACCCCC